AUGUUUGAUCUCGCGAGCAUUGCCUAUGUUCCAGCCAAUGUUCUAUCCCAGGUUGUGCAGAUGUAUGCACUGUUCCAUCCCGAAUUUUUGAUCGAGCCUUGGCACACAUAUGUCGCCUUUGUGUCAAUACUCUGGGGUGUGACUGCUUUCGUCAUCUUCCGCAACAGAUGGAUCCCUUAUUUGCAGCACGCAGGCCUAUUCCUCGUCCUAGUUGGAGGGUUAAUAACCAUCAUCGUAGUGGCUGCAAUGCCGGCUGAGCAUGCCAACAACUCGUUCGUUUGGAAAGACUGGACCAAUGCUACUGGAAUGCCCGGUGGAAUCGGAUUUUUCACUGGAGUACUGAAUGGCGCAUUCGCCAUCGGAACUGCUGAUUCGGUCACACAUCUGGCAGAGGGCUUCCGAAUCCUAGAGUCGAUUUACCUAAAGCCAUCUUUGCGCAGAUUGGUCUAG